GCAAUGAGCAGUUUUAUAAACUCUUCUCAUCAUCAUUAAACGGCUACUUGACAUUAAUAUGAAGAACACUUUUACUAUAAAUGUGUUGUUUGUUUUGUUUUAUCGUCUAUUUCAUUUGUGGGAUUCUCCACAUGUGAUCGAUGCGGAAAAAUGUGAAUUAAAGACGGUGUCGGUAACAGAAGGAGAUCCUGCCUAUCUGAUGAUGGAAGAUGUUGACACACAGAGAUAUGAUCUGAUAGUGUGGAGGUUUGGAGAUGACGGCAUUCUUAUACUGAAGGGUGACAGAGAAGACAAUAAGACCACAUUUACUCAUGAUGAGAUAUAUGAAGACAGACUGGAGCUGAACUAUCAGACCGGAUCUCUCACCAUCACAGACGCCAGAAUCACAGACACUGGACUUUAUAAAGUAAAGAUCAGCGGUGACAGAAGAGCCGAAUACUUGAGAUUCAUUCUGACUGUCAGUGCAUCAGGUAUAUCUUCAGGUGGUGUAGCAGGUAUAGUUAUUGUUGUUCUGCUGGUCGUGUCUGGAGCUGUCGGUGUAUUUGUGUUUUUCCAUCAUCGCCGAAUCUCUGAAAAAAAAAAAAAAAAAACGGUAAAUAAACUGUCUGUGAAUGAAGGAGAUUCUUUCACUUUAAGCUCUGGUCACACUGAACUAGAAGGCAAAGUCAUGACAUGGAGGUUUAAAGACAAACAUACUACAGUUACAGUCAGUGAACAUCAGACAUCUGUUUGUGAUGAUGAGAGAUUCAAAGACAGAGUUCAUGUGGAUCCUCAAACUGGAUCUCUGACCGUCACAAACAGCAGAACUAAAGACUCUGGACUUUAUCAACUACAGAUCAGCACAGAGAAAUCAGAAAGAAAAUUCACUGUUACUGUCCAUGGUGAGUGA